AUGGAAGUCGGUCUUUUGCCUCUCAAUGAGCAGAUAUCUCGCUUCAAAGAUGCCAUUCAACAAAACAAAACACUUAUGACAGUUCUGGAACGCGCAGCCGGGAUGGAUCUUCCAAAUUGGUACCUCGCAGCUGGUGCACUCACCCAAACCGUCUGGAAUGUCGUCACAGAGAAAGAUCCAGAACAAGGCAUUGAUGACUAUGACCUGAUUUAUUUUGACGGCUCAGAUCUCUCAUGGGAAGCCGAAGACCAAAUCAUUCAAAAAGGAAAAACGAUCUUUGCGGAUAUUCCAGUUGAAGUUGAGAUUCGGAAUCAAGCCCGCGUCCAUCUUUGGUACGAGAAGAAAUUCGGCAAGCCGUGCCCUCAGCAUCGUUCUUCUGAAGGUUCAAUGUUGACUUGGGGAACUAACACGGCCUUGAUCGGUGUCAGAUUGAGGAAUGAUGGGGAAUGGGAUAUUUAUGCGCCGUGGGGACUUUCUGAUAUGUUCAGACUUAUUGUGAGGCCUAAUCAGCAGAUCAUGACGGAGGAGACGUGGAAUAAAAAGGUCCAGAGGUGGAUCAAGAUUUGGCCUGAGAUUACAGUCAUGCCGUGGAAAUAG